UCCUGGAUGAAUGGUCCUUAUCCAGCGCUCCUCAGGGGUGGAGCAUGUGGGUGGGGCACCAUGUGUUGUUAUUUCAAAUGGAAACUCCCCAUUCUCUCAUCUUCCUUUUAGAGUUAAAGAUGUCCAAAGAAUUCAACGUGUUUAACAGUCGACUUCUUAAUGUUUCCCAGGGUCUUGCUGAAGCCCAGCUGGAUCGAGAUACUAUAAGAAGAGAUGCCCAGAGAAAUCUGUCACUUCAGCAGGACUAUAUAGAGAUAAAGUCGAAGGAGCUGGAUGAGGUGAAAAGGAACCAUGAUAGACUCCAGGAGGUCUUGAGCAGGGUGCAGGACGAGUUACGGAACCUCACAGAAUUCACCUCCAUAAAAUGUCCACCUGGCUGGCAGCAGUUUCAGAAAAGUUGCUACUUCUUUUCAACAUCAGCUAAAUCCUGGCAGGAUGCUAAGCAGUUCUGUACCGAUCACGGGUCUGGCCUGGUUAUUGUUAACACCGAAGAGGAACAGAUGUUUUUGUCAAACCAAAUCACUAACCCCGACGUGUACUGGCUCGGCCUCAGCGACUCAGCGAAGGAAGGGGAGUGGCGGUGGGUGGACGGCAGCCUCCUGUCUCUCAGGCAAGUCCCUCUUUGUUCAGUUUCUUUGGAGAGAGAACUGUCCCUUACAAUCAGCUGUUUCUGCUUUAUCUCCUGUCCCGCUAAAGAGCCAGAUGGAGCACUGAUACCAAUAGUAAAGGGGUCUCUGGUCCACUUUAGUGGCUAAAG